UCUUCUUCUUCUUCUUCUUCUUCUUCUUCCUGUGGUCAUGGAUUCGGUCUCUCCCGCGGAGCACCUGUGUUACGUGCGUUGCACCUACUGCAACACUGUGCUUGCGGUUGGAGUCCCAUGCAAGCCGGUGAUGGACACGAUCACCGUGAGAUGUGGCCACUGCAACCAUCUCUCCUUCCUCAGCUCCAGAACCAUGGUGCAGUCCCAUAGCUGCAACGAUUUCCAGAUGGGCCUUCAGGGCGCUUGUGCUGAUUGCCUGAGAGGCCAAGCUUCGUCUUCCUCCUCCUCCUCCUCAACUUCAAGCGAACAAACCACUCAAAAACCAACCUUCGUUGUGAAACGUGAAGUUUCUUUUCACCCCCCCCAUGGUUUUUUGAUGUUCUUCUUCAUAUCCUCUGAAGUGAUUUUUUUGAGGAAUGUUAAUGAUGUCCUGAUGACAGCUCCUGAGAAGAAACACAGAAUGCCUUCAGCUUAUAAUCGCUUCAUGAGGGAGGAGAUUCAGCGAAUCAAAGCUUCUAAACCCGAUAUUCCUCACCGAGAAGCUUUUAGCAUGGCUGCAAAGAACUGGGCAAAGUGUGAUCCUCGUUGCUCGAUCAUUGUUUCCACAUCUGGUGAUGAUAAGCUGUCUCCUACUGAACAAGUGGAAAGCAGCAGUUCCCCUACAAUGGAAAGCUCCAGUUUAUACAAGCAGAUGGAAGAGGAGGAUUAGGGUUCUCGAUCGACAUAUGGAGCCCUUCCUCUUUGUUAGUGAUGCGCUUAUGGUGUUAAUUUUUGUUUGAUCUUCUCAUCUCUCUACAACAAAACCUCUCUUGGUACUGAAGUAUUUGCUAGUUAUGAUCCAUUCAUCCUAUGUAUGCAUUGCUAAUGAAGAGGAAGUGAUAAAAAUCUGCUCAUAUAUAUACAUAUGUAUUCAUGAUCCAAAUCUAAGUAUU